CGUGUGAACAAGCGGAACACCGCACACGUACCGAAAGAAUGAACGAUAAGAUUAUCUAUCCUGUAGGUUGGAUUCGCAUAUAAGCUUUCAUUUUAACACCAUCACAUCAUACACAUUCACCAUCAAACGAUAUGGCUGAUACACCUAAACAUUAUCCUGCCAAGAGCGUAUCCGUUAUCGGCUGUCCAUUCUCUGGCGGUCAACGUCGUAUGGGAGUGGACACAGGUCCAAAUUCAUUAGUAGAAGCAGGAUUAAUUGACCAAUUAAAAGGAUUAGGAUGGCAAGUUGGCUUCUCGGGUCAUCAAGCAUUCGAAGAUGUUAACAAAGAAAUCGCAAAAGAUGAAGAUAUUGGAGUAAUGAAAAAUCCAAGAGUCGUUUCAGAAGUUAGCAGACGUGUUGCAAGCGUUGUUGAACAACAUGCUCGUAAUGGUUCAAUGCCUUUAACACUCGGAGGUGAUCAUAGUUUGGGUUUGGGAACCGUUACCGGCUCUUUACGCGUUCAUCCUGAUGCUGCUUUGAUUUGGGUAGAUGCUCAUGCCGAUAUUAAUACUCCCGAAACUACGCCUUCGGGUAAUUUGCACGGCUGUCCAGUAAGCUUCUUGCUUGGUUUACCUGGAACGGAUGUUGAACCGUUCAACAAAUGGACACCUCCCUCAAAAGCACUUUUGAAACCAAAUAGUGUUGUCUACAUUGGUUUGCGUGACGUUGAUUCGGGCGAGCGCAAAAUCUUGAAGGAGAACAACAUCAAAGCAUUCUCUAUGCACGAAGUAGACAAAUACGGCAUCGGAAAAGUUGUCGAUAUGGCAUUGGAUUACGUUAAUGGAGGCGAAGGUAAACGUGAAAGACCAAUCCAUCUCAGCUUCGAUGUUGAUGCUUUGGACCCUUCCGUUGCUCCAAGUACAGGUACACCCGUUCGUGGUGGUUUGACAUUCCGUGAAGGUCAUUACAUUUGCGAAGCAUUGUACGAAACAGGUACUUUGAUCGCAAUGGAUUUGAUGGAAGUCAAUCCUUCUUUAAUGCAAGAACGUGAUGCUGAACAAACGAUCGCAAUCGGAUGCUCUUUAAUUCGUUCAGCAUUCGGCGAAACAUUGCUUUAAGCAUUUCUCAGAAAAACAACACACAAACUCAAAACAAAUCAAAAGCAGACAGAUACUAUGUGAACAUAAAUCAAAAAGUACACAAAAAUACUGCUGCUCUGAUCAAUGCUUCUCCUUUAAUCAUUUAUAAAGUUCAAGUAGACUGCCGGGGCUAAUUCUCUAUUUUC